AUGAGAGAAGAGGAAAAGGAAAAAGUUCCCUUUACAGAACUCAACUUAGACGAGUCCAUAAUAUUUUCUCUGUUCAUGCAAAAAUAUUUUUUUUGUGUCAAUAUACAAAAAAAUGCGAUACCAAAUAUUAUAAAAGAAGAAAAUGUUUUACUACAUUCAGAAACAGGUAGCGGAAAAACAUUAUGCUUUGUAAUACCAAUAUUACAGUAUUUGGUUAGCUGUAAACGAAGAUAUAUAAAUAAACACCAUUCUGAACUUUAUGUUGAAAAUAACAAAGAUAUAGGUAGUAAUGUUUUGUACAACAAAGACAGUAUGCAAUCUAUUUACGAUUAUUUCGAAAAUGUUGAUAUACAAAAAUGUAGCUCAUAUGUUCACAUAGAUAUAGAUAAUUUCAUUAUGUACAAUAAUAAUAUAAUACAAAAGGAAAUUUUAAGAGAGGUUAUCGAGCAAGAUGGAGGCACUAGAGGGGAAGAAGCGAAGAAGGACCCAGUAGUAGGUCCAACAGCGGGUAAAGUAGCAGGACCAGUAGUAGGCCCAAUAGAAGGACCAGUAGUGGACCCAGUAGCAGGACCAGUUGUAGGCCCAGUAACAGGACCAGUAGUAGACCCAGUAGAAGAUCCCAUAACAGCCGCUAACUACAGCAUUAUUGAAUGUGCUCAAGAAGGAAUAAAAAAUAAUUUAUGCUCCUUUGAGCAAAAGGUUAAAAAGCACGAAGGAUUAAACGUGAGUGGUAUUGUAAUAACCCCUACAAGAGAGUUGUGCAUACAAAUUUACAAUGUGAUAAAUAAAUUUUUAUUUUUCAUUAGAUUGUAUUAUGCGCAAAAGUUUCAUAUAGACUUUAAAACAUUGAAUAAGGAGAAUUUCUUUAUAAACGUUCUGCUCUUACGAGGAGCAAUAAAAAUACAGGAGGAUUUAAAAAUAAUUGAAAAUGAAAAAAAAAAAAAAAAUAGAUAUCAAAUUAUUGUAGGGACCCCAGGAAAGUUAUCUGUCCUGUUUAAUGAGUAUAACAACAGUAGGCAUAUUAGUGGUAGUCGUAGUAGUGGUAAUAGUAGGAGCAAUGGCUCCCUCUUUGACACAAGUAAAUUAAAAUAUUUAAUAUUAGAUGAAGGGGAUAAAUUGCUAGAAGAAAGUUAUAUUAGUUAUGUUAAAGAUAUAAUAAAAAAUGUCGUACAAAAAGAGUACUGUACAUGUAUAUGUAGUGCAACUUGCCUACAUGAAGAGAAGUUUUAUAAUAUGUUUUCAAAUAAAGUAAAAUACUUUACGAAAUGUAUUAAUAGUAAAAGUAGUACCAUUAAUGUUAAUGCUGAUGCUAAUAUACAUGACUAUAGUAAUGAAAAUGCAAGUAACACAUUUCAAUUGCCAGAAAAAAUAGAAAAUUAUUACUAUGUUUUAAGAAAUUUAGACAAAAGCUUUUUUCUUUUUAAAUUCUUAAAUACAGUUGUUAAUUCGGGAGAAAACAUUAUAAUAUUUUUUUCGACUUGUUUUUGUGUUGAGUUUUAUUUUCAUCUAUUUAAAAAUAUUCUAACAAUAAAAAAAAAUAAUAGGAAAGAAUAUUUUGAAAAAAUAAGAAGCCUUAAUAAGAGAUAUAAUAAUAUAUAUAAAGAAAAUGAACUGGAUCAAUUUGCAAAAAUUAUUUGCUAUAUUGAAAAAUAUAUAGGGAACAAAAAGAAAUUUACACUUUUAAAAAUUCAUAGAAAAAUGAAAGAUAAAAAAAGAAUUGGUGCUUAUAAAAAAAUAAUGGAAAACAAAAAUAAGUUUACUACAAAAGUUAUCUUCUGUACUGAUAUUAUGAGUAGGGGAAUUAAUGUUAAUGUACACUGGGUCUUGAACUAUGAUGUUGCAAAUAAAAAUAUGACUUAUAUUCAUCGAAGUGGAAGAACAGGGAGAUUUGAUAAGAAAGGAAAAAGCAUUGUUUUAUUAAAUAAAAAAGAAAAGGAGUAUAUAUACUUCUUAAAAAAUAAAAAGGUACAUAUUGUUAAUUUUAAAAAAACUGACAUGUUUCAAAUUAUGUUUAAUUAUGAAUUGCGUAUGAUGAAAUAUGAGAACAUAUUAAGUAAAGAAGCGUUGGAUAUAUCAAGAAAAAAUAAAAAAAAUAUAACAACACUUGACAAGAAUGAAAAUUUUUUUUUUCAUUUUUAUCAGAAUUAUUACGGUGAGCAAUUUAUGGGUGGGAAUAUCAAUGCGGAUAAGAAAGUGGGGAGGGGAAAAAAAAAAAAUUGCACGGAUGAAGGCAGUAGUAGCAGUAGCUGUAGCAACAAUGACAAUAAGAACAAUGAUAAUAACAACGACGUUUGUAGCAAGAGAGAUAGUAAUGAUGCGGAUAAGAAAUGCGAGUCGACAGAAAAGAGAAACAUUAUUUUAUUAAACAAUAUGGUUACCUUAUUUUUAAAAUAUUUGGUCUUUUUUGUAAUUGAAUACAGAGAAAUAUUCUCACUUUCAACGAAAGCAUUUCUUUCGUAUAUAGAGUUUUACAGAAACCAUCAGUUAAAUUUCAUUUUUUCAUUGAACAAAAUAAACUUAAAGCAUUUGUGCUACGCCUUUGCUUUAGUUAAAUUACCGAAAUUUAAGGAGAAAUUCAAAAUUAAGAAUUUCCAAAAAAUUAACAUUAACACUUUUGAUAUACCGUACAAAAACGAAGAAAAGGAGAAAAAGAGACAGGAAAAUAGGAAAAACAAAGUGAAAGGAGAUUUGAAAAAUAAAGAGAAAGAAGGAGAUUUGGAAUGUAAAAAAUAUUCAAAUUUUCAGCAAAAGGAGCAGAACACGAUAAAGAACAAAAAAAAGCAAAAAAUGAAAAAAAAAAAACAAAAAAAAACUACUGUUCAGAGAAAACGUGAAAAAAGACAAAUGGAAGAAGAUGAAAUUGAUGAUUUAUUUUUCGAAGAAAAAUUAUAUAAAAAGUUAAAAAAAAAAAAAAUAACCAAAGAUGAAUAUUACAAACUGUUGAAUAUAGACAAUGUCGAUAACAUAUUUUCUACGGCUAAUAUGUCAAAAAAUGUAAGUAUUCAAAAGAAAAAUAUUUUUAAACCAACUAAGAUAAAGUGUAAAAAAAAGCAAAAAGUAUUUAAUAGAAAGAUAAAAAAAGGAAGAUAUAAAGGAAAAAGAAAAUAA